UUUGAACGUGUUAUAGGAUAUUUGUUGGGAAGGGGGGUAAUUAAUAGAAGCAGGGUAAUUAUUUGAGGCAGGGCAAUUAAUAAGGUUUUACGUAGUCUGUGGGACGUUCUGGGUAUUCUGAUUAAAAAAAUAUUUUAAUUUUUUUGUUUCAAGUAAAUUUCUAUAAUCCUUUUCUAAUAUAAAAUAAAUUUUUAAAAAUUUUUAGGGUAAAUAAUAAUAAAUAAAAAAAAUAAAAAAUUAUAAAAAAUGAUUAGUAUUUUGUUGAUUAUUUUUGGUUUUCCAAUGUUUUUUGAAGUUUGUUUUUGUGUUGAUUGGCCUAAAGCUAAAAAUACAAUUAAUUUAGAGCAGACUUUCCCUGUAAGUAAAUACCUCGAUUGUGGAUAUAAUCGUUAUGUGCCAAAUUUAAAAAAUGGAAAGUGGGGGAGUGGAGAAUUUAUGUUUCCGGUAUUUCAAUUGCAAGAAGGAGCUACGAUAAAAAGAUGUAUUUUCUCUGGUGCUGAUGGAAUUCAUUGUAAUGGAAGUUGUAUUGUAGAAGAUUGUUGGAAUGAAAAUGUUGCUGAUGAUUCUAUUACCCUUCUUGGGAGUAAUCCAAAUGCAGUAUAUACGAUUCGUGGUGGAGGUGCGAAAAAUGGAAAAGGGAAAAUCAUACAAUUUGACGGGGCUGGAACACUAAAUGUCAACAAUUUUUAUAUUCAUACAUGUGGACAAGGAAUACGUACUUGCGGUAAUUGUCACCCACAGUAUCGUAACCGUAAAAUAAAUGUGAAUGGAUUAACUAUAGAAAACCUCCAAGCUGGACAAUAUGUUGUUGGGGUAAAUAAAAAUUAUGGAGAUGUAGCUACCCUCAAAAAUAUUCAUAUUCUUGGACCAAACGCAAAUCAAGUAUUCCCUUGCAAAACAUUUGAAGGAAAUGAUCAAGGUAAAAAUCCAAAAGUUCUUGACAUGGAGGAUGAUAAUGGAGGAGAUGGAAAGUAUUGUAUUUAUAAAAAAAGUGACAUUCAUAUUAAUUCAUAA